UGCGCGCACAAAUUUAACGUGCGCACUUGGCGGCGAAAAAAGAAACCGAGCCGCAAAGCCAGCGUUCUCGAGCUCUUGAUGAUGGUGAACGUCGAUGACGAAGGCUUCGGCGACUUCAAGAUGUCGCCAUUGAAUUCGACAAUCCAUUCCAACCCCACUAUGGUCGAUGGCCGAGAUUCACCUGCGGCCGCUGCGAACGAUGAUGACGACUGGGGAGAUUUUGUAAACUCCGGUGGGCUACCCCACGCCCUAUCGCUCCCUGAAAUCUGGAAGCCCCUUGACCCCUUGGGAUUCGCUACUGAUCAAAAAAUGAAGAGAAAUGAUUCUGAAUCGAACCAGCUUGGUUCAGCACCUGGUCGGGUUAACUCGGGCAUUGCUGAGUGGGAAAAGCCAAAAGGAGCUCUGCCUCUUUCGCUCUUCGGGGAUCUAGAGGAGGAGGAAGAAAAAGAAUCAGGUGCGGCUGGGGAUCCAUCUUUUGGCGAUGGUGGUGCGAGCUUGUUCUCUAGUAAAAAUAUUGAUUCUGUAAAUAAGGGAUCAAGUGUAAUCGUGAAUGAGUUGGUUGCUAAUUUAUACAAACAGAAUGAUCCUAGAAAUGGGUCUAUAGCAGAUUUGAACGGAUCGAAUUCUGUAGAAAAAACGAACAAGAACGAAACAUGUUCAGAUUUGAAUUUAAGUUCACUGAAUUUAGGUGUAGUCGAACCUAUUAGGAAUGCACAUCCAUCAGAUUCGAGUUGGGAUCGGGUAAAUCCGAAUGCGAAUGUCUUGAACGCGAAUGGUAAAGAUGAGCUCAAACUGAGUUCCCACUGGUCGAAUUUUGAUUGGGGUCUGAAUUUGAAUACGAACGUAAUAAAUUCAAACAAAGAUGGGGCAAAUUUAGUUACAGAAGGGGUAAAAUCGAGCACAAAGGGAGCUAAUUCCAUUUCGGUAGCUGACACUGCGAAAUGUGAUAAUGGUGGUGAUGGGUGGGAGUUCGAGGAUACACAAGCCAAAAAUCCGGCGAGCGAUGAGAUUUCUAAGACGAACCAUAUCAAGACUAGCAACGGGCCAGUUCCUAAUCUUACCGAAGUCAAUUCAAGUUGGAAUGAAUUGAGCUCGGGAUUUAAUGAGUGUAACUCUAAUUUUAAUAGUGUUAAUUCUAGUAUAAAUUCUAUGAACCCAAGUCUGGUUGGUGAAAAUGGUGAUGGAGAUAAUGAUGAUGAUGAUGGGUGGGAAUUCAGGGGUGCAGAUUCCAAGCCUCAGGUUGGAGAUGAUAAGGAUGGCCAGAUCAAGGAUGAGCCUGUGCCAACUGUAAAAUUUGAUGGCACAGGUUUAAGCUGGGAUAUGUUACAUUCAGAUUCCAGUGAAUUGAAUACCAAGGAGGUGAAAUUAGAUGAGAAACAUUUUACUGCAAGCUUAACUAAUGCAGAGGAGGAUUUCGGGGAUGCUGAUGGAUGGGAUUUCAAGGGUGCAGAACCAGAAUUGCAGGUCAAACAUUCUAAGGAUGAUGGGAGAAUACCGGAAAAUUUUGAAUUUGAUUUUGGCAAUGGGGUACAUGGUCAAUUGAAUUUUGGAUUUGAUUUCAACUCAAGCAAUGAAAAUAAGCAGAAUGAUAUUGAAAACAAGUUGCAUUAUCCCCAAGUUGAUGCAAAAGUUGGCUCUGAUGAAAACUCCUGGACAAUUAAGGAUGCAUUUUCAAAAGGUGGAUCAAAUGAUAAGGAAGAAACUAAGGUUGCUGAAGUUUCUCUUGGUGUGGAGCCAUUGGUAUUUGAUGAUGAAGUCCAGGGGAACAAAGUAAGGACAGAAAACCACAAGGGAGCUCUGCCCCUCUUCCUUUUUGGUGAUGAAGAAACAGAAGCAGAUGAUCCUGUGAUCCAUGAAGAUUUUUCAACUCAGAAGUCCACCUCUGAUCAAAGAGUUGGCAUUAUGAAACCUCAUUUAAAUAUUUCUAUCAAUGAUCUAAUAUCAAGUUUAUACAGUCAAGCUGAGCAGAGUACUUCAGUUAAUGAUGAACAAAGUCUGAAUGACAAUGGAUUGAAUUCCACCAAAAUUGUGAUACCCUCUAAUUUAGCAAAUGCUAAUCAUGAUAUUGACGAUGAUUCCUGGGAAUUUCAAGAUGCCUCUACAGGAGCCAGAAAUGAAGAUCAAACCUCUGUUCUUGGUCUUGAACAGUCUCAUGCAAAAUAUUCUACCAAAAUAGAGCUAAAUGAUUUUGUGGAAUUCUUUUCCAAUCUGAAGAAAGAAUUGCACUAUAUAGCACUAUGUCAUCUGGAAAAUCUAAAGAAAACUCAAAGUGCUGCUGCUCUUAGUGGUGAAGAUGCAAAAGUGCAAGCUCUUGAUAAAGAAAUACAGGAUCUUAAUAGCGAACUGCACCAAUAUAGUAUUUUCUCUGGUGUAGUCCACUCAGAUGAUUGCUCACCAGGAAAUGUAUGCCUCAAUAUUUUUGUUGAAGUUUUACAGGAGCCAAAGUUCCAAGCUUUUGAGUCAGAAUGCCGUUUAACAAAGAAAUUGUCACUAGCAGAGAGCAAUUUCAGAUCAGCAAAUGAGCUUCUCAAAUAUGUGGAUUUAACACUAAAGAUCUUAACAUCAGCAUCAAGAGAGGAUCAAUUCAGUUAUAUUUCUGCAUGGUCCAAAAUGCUCUCUGUUUGUGCUCAAGAACUGAGGCACGGUGCCUUCAUCUGGAAACAGUCAUUGCAAGAGAGUGUUCAUGAACAAAUAUUAUCUAAGCCUCAAGGCAAGAAGUAUGUCCUUGCCCUUGGGGAAAUCUACAGAGUUGUUGAAGUUCUUGGAUCCUCAGUGAAACUUUAUAAGCCAUGGAUGUUAGCAAGUUCAACAGAUACCAUGGACAUAUUUGCUCUUCUAAGUGAGUGUUCUUCCCUAUGGUCAAGUUCAGGACUCGAAGAAGCUCUGCAUAGCAUUUUGAUUUCACCUGAUUUUGAAUAUGAUGAAAGUCUCAAGGCCUUAUUAGAAUCUAUCAAGUAUAUCCAUGAUCUUGAUGCCUUCGAACUUUACAAUCAUGCUUUCUCUGGACAAGGCCCUAUAUGUAAACUGUCAGCUUUAACCAUCAGAACAGUGCCAGGGAUGAAAACUGUAGUCUGGAAUGGUGAGAAAUGCUUUCUCACACUCGCCAAUUUAUGGACAAACUUAGUUAGCAGCGACCCUCCAAAUUUGCCAUGCAUACAUGUUGGCUGAUGAGAAUGUUGGGAUAAGUUGGAUGUCUUUUAGCAGCUAGUCACUUGUCAGAGAGCACCAUGUGAACGAACUAAACCAUUUGUGACAAACCCUGUGGAACUAAACCACAAUCUGCACCACCACAAGGAUCCUCGGGAUGUUGGAAUUACAUUAUGGAACUGAAAACGUAAAUGGCUGCAUUGAAGCGGAAGUGACCAGGCACCAAGAAUCCAGGUCAACAUUUUCUUUUUAAGUUUACUGGUUGCCAUUCAUUACCUGAAAGCACAUAGCAAUUGGAUAUAGAGUUGUCUUGUUGUGAAAUGAGUAUAUACAAAUACCAUUCGUAUACCUAGAAAUAGAUAGGAUUAUAACUUGCAUUUGAUUGCUUCUCUCCAGAAUCCGUCCACCUUUUAUUCUUUUCUUGUUUUUUCUCACGUUGCAUUGUAAGUGAAGUUGUAAAGAUUCUACUAUCAACUUACCACAUUAUCUUGAGAAUGCAAGAUUUCUGGGUAUCAUUGUAAACAAAGAAAAUUUGCAGAGAAGAAUUCAUUAGAUAGCUUCAAGUAUGUACUAGCUAAUGCUUUUCUCAAAUUGUUGGCGAAGAGAAUUCAGUUCCCACGCCAAAACCGCACCAAAGAAAAGAAGAAAAGCAGCAGCAUCUGGAAUGAAGAUCAUAAAAGAAGCUGAGCACAUCCAGUAACAAUUUAUUUGUAGCCAAUAAAUGAUUUGUAACUCAUUUAUAUUAGAAUUAGAAUUUCAAUUCUUAUGUGAGGUAUCUUCUUCUGCUGC